CCCGCCAAUAACCCCGCAUUGCACUGCUGCUGCUUAUGUGGCAGAGACGACAUGACUGUGAAUGGGGAGGUUAAACAGCAGGCCAUCGACCGCGAUGUCCUGCGGCGAGGUCUCGUGACGAGCUCUACGAAACUGCGAGUCGAGAGCCUGGGGCGGCUUGAGCACCAGGUGGCAGACGAGUCUCUCAUUCCUGCCGACUUGCAAGCCCUCUUGGCGACUCUAUUCGAGACAUAUCCCCUUUACGAAGACCGAGAAUCACGGCGCGCCGUCACAGCAGUCCUUGAAUCGCUUAUAAACGGCCCACACGGCGACCUCGUGCUGCCUCCGAUCGUUAAAUUCCUGACACAUGAGUCCCAGAAGAAGGGCAUCGCCCAUGUCAACGCAUUCGUGCUCGUAGAAUGGUGCUCAGUGCUGCUACUGCAGUUUGCGAAGCAGCCAGAGCGGUGGUCAAAAUUCGGGCUGGAUCUGGCGUUGGCCGAUGCGCGUGUUCUGGAGACAUGUGUAGGCGCUGGCAUUGAUCGUCGAGCUGUACGUAUCUCGCACUCUGCACUGGUAGUUACACGACGCGCUCUGCGUGCCAUUCUGGGAUCGAAAGAGAUUGGACAGGAUGCACUCGGCAAGCUGGUGGCAAAUCUUACGGCGAAGGGGGCUGUUUCUGCAGCUGGAAAUGCUGUGUUCUUGGGAGUCAUCGCUGGAGUAUCCUCUCGUCUGUCAGAUGUCAAGCCACGGUUUGAGCAACACAAACAGGACUACUACGCUUUCUACGUGCGCGAAAUUGUCGGCUCGAGAAGUCAGCUGCCUGACCACGUAUCGAACGCACUACACGACUUCUUCGACACCUUCACCACACUUGGGGAAUUGCGCAAAGAGAUCAUACCAACAAUCGAGAAGGCACUUCUACGUGCGCCGGAGGUUGUGCUGAACGACAUCGUUUCGCACAUGAUUUUGGCUCUCCCUCAGUCGAUCGACCUAUCAGAUGUCUUGUUCGGCAACUUAUUGAAGCCACUGCUCUCAAACGUCAAAUCCAGCAACCCUACAAUCCGCGCUGGAGCUCUUCGAACUUUCACAGCGCUAGCCGUCAGAUCGCAGAACGAGGAUGUCAUUGGCAAGGUAGCAGACGAGGUCUUGAACCCUUUGAAGCAGGGCAAGGUUUCAGGUGUCGACCAGAAAGUUAUACACGCACAAAUGCUGUCGGGCUUCAAAGAGUCUUCAGCACUGUCUCAGAAGAUUCCUGCUGGCAUUGCACCUGUCGCCUUGAAGGAGCCUAGCGAGCCAGCCGUAGUCGCUGAAGUGUCCACUAUGACCAAGCAUCUCACAUUCGGACUUGCUCACGGAGUGGCUCUUGACAUGACGGUCACAGACGCUUUUAUUAAGGGUAUGGCAGACAAGCGCGUUCCCGUGCGCCGUCUUUGGGCGAUUCGCGCUGCAGACAUCUGGUGGAACCUCACAGAUGCGCAGCAUACGCACGCAGAUAUCUUGUCAUUCUGCCAAAGUACGCUGCCAAAGCUUGUGGAGAUUUGGCAAGAAGUCAAUGCAAACCCAAUGCCUGCAACACAAAGCGGCUUGGUGACUGUCGGUCACUACGUCACUGCACUUCUUCUCAAGAUACGCGACACCAAGAACGACAAGCUUGCUGCCGUGUACAAGAAGUCUAAUGUGCUCUCACAAUCGCUUGUAAGCCAGCCGAAGCCAUCGUUCCUACUCAACACCAAAGUCUUUACGAAGCUAUCCACCGAAGACGACGUUGUGAUCGCCCUGCGCGCGUUGAAAGCUGUCGCUCCUUUUGUUGUGGAAAGUUCUGCAUCUAACGAAGUUCAAGAUGCAUGGGCGCAGGCUUUCAUCUUCCUCAUUACUGGGCAGAGCGUAUCUUCGAGAGCCAAAUCUGCCGCCAGACUAGCACUUACCCAGACCUACCUUGAAGUGUCAACAGAGAAGAUCAGCGAGAUCAUCAUUCAAGGAAUAUGGUCGUGGUACCGAUCAAGCGUGCAGGAAGAGAAAGACAGCGCUGCAUUCGCAUCCAAGAACGGGGCCACUGAGCUUGGCGCAGUCCUGGGAUGUAUCUGUCUCUCACCUGACGUCUUGAAGAAGCUGGGAGGCAAUGUCACUCAAGGUCAGCUACGCAAGCAAGCCAUUAGCUUGCUUGUGCUGGCAAGAGGCGAGCUCAUCCCAAAGACAUCUUGGAUUGAUACCUCCCUUCGUAUGGGCGUUGAUCCUGGUCAGCUUGUUCAAGAAAACCUGCAAGAGUGCAUGACCUUGAUCAACGAAGCUACUGAGAACAAGAGCAACGAUCCAUUCCCCAGCAUAAGCUUGGCAGCAUACAGUGCUUACACUGAUCUAGCCUUUGUUGCACCUGAGACAGCUUUACCAGUCAUAGUGAAGCGGUUCAGCGAGGAUCUUGAUCCCAAGCAAUUGGAAUCAAUUGGUCCACAAGAGGCAGCCAUCUUCAGAACACCAGAAGGAACCGCAUACGUCGAUGUACUAUCCAAGAAGGCGCCAGUGACGAUUGACAAGAACACGAAAGAUUAUGAUACCCUCAAGUGGGAGGAGGAACUACGUGCGCAGCUUAUCCAAAAGCAAGGCGUCAAACCCAAGAAGCUCACUUCCGAAGAGCAAGCGAAGGUGAAUGCUCAGCUGGCCAAGGAGUCGGUCAUCAGGAAUGAGGUGGCUUCAACAGAGCUGAAGAUGAAGCGCGGAGUCGGCAUCAUUCGGAGCCUUGCUACUGGACCACCCACAGAGGCCGAGCAGUGGAUGGGUCCUGCGGUCGAUCUUCUCAUUCACUCUAUUCGUGCCGGUUCAGGUCUCUUGCUUGGUGACCAGCCAGCUACUACUUUCAUUGCAUGCUCACAGCGCGUUUCAAACCGCCUCGGUCCCAUCAGGCCUUUCAUCGGUGUCGCGACUUUGCGUACAAUCGGGUCAAUCCAGCUCUCUGACGAAUACGAAGGAGAACCCCUCGGUGAUCUCGUCACAAGAGUUCUGUACCGACUCCGCUUCCUCAGCGAGCAGCGCCCUCUCGACCCUGUGUCCAUGGCUUACUGUUUGCCACUCAUCUUCCUUAUCCUCGAGAAGGGCGGCAUUGGCAAGGAUCUAGCCGAAGAAGCUGAUGAGCAGCUGGUUUUGGCUUUCGAGUUCUUAUCCUUCCAUGCCAACUCUUGCACAGACACACGUCUACCACGCAAGGAUAUUAUCGAAACUCUUUUAUGGUCGAUGCAAAGCUACCAGCAACAUUACAAGAUCAUCAAGGAUUGCCUGACAGAUUUCGCAAGAGGUCUGGCUCCUAACAUCACCAACGAGGAGCUCGGCGCACUUCUUCGUGGUACCAUUGUGCCAGAGGCUGCGGUGCGUACAGCAGCGCUACAGGCCAUCGAUGCAGAGCUCGACAUGAACGAUUUGAAUUUCAGCGAAGAGAUCUUCAUCGCGUCUCAUGAUGAUGACGAGGAGAAUGUCGAGCUUGCCAAGACAAUCUGGAGUGAGAAUGAGCUCGAACUCAGCGCCGAUGCUGGUGUGAAGCUGCUGCCCUACCUUGAGUCUCAGGACAAGCAGCUUCGUCGAGCAGUAGCCCGCUCCAUUGGCGAAGUCGUUGCGAACUUCCCUGAUGUAUUCGACCAUCUCCUCCAGAGAUUGCAGGAAUCGUACAUCGACAAGGGCAAGGAACGACUACCAGAGCGCGACGAGUACGGCAUGCCGCGAAAGAAUGAUACUCGCGAUCUGUGGGAGGCAAGAGAUGGUAUCGCCCUUGCCUACAAGGAAAUGACAUCCGGUUUCAAGCCCGAGGGUCUAUCGGACUUCCUCACCUUUAUGGUCUACAAUGGGCCCCUAGGCGACCGUAGCGCUGCUGUACGCGACCAAAUGAUCGAGGCCGCAACAUCGAUUAUCACCAGUAAGGCCAAGUCAAAAGUCGAGCAGCUGAUGGAGCUGUUCGAGAAUGCGCUGGAGAGUCCAGACCGAAAGUCGGCUGAGUACGACCAGGUCAAUGAAGCUGUCAUCAUCCUUUACGGUGCACUGGGUCGCCAUCUGGAGGCUGGAGACCAGCGCGUACCCAAGGUCGUGCAGCGACUACUUGCUACCCUCAGUGUACCUUCUGAGAGUGUUCAGUAUGCCGUUGCGCAGUGCCUGCCACCAUUGGUCCGUACUUCAGAGCAAGAGGUCUCAAAGUACGUCGAUCAAGUAAUGGAGCAACUCCUUCAGUCCAAGAAGUAUCCCGCGCGCCGUGGUGCUGCCUACGGUCUUGCAGGUAUUGUUCGCGGCAAAGGAUUGGCCGUAUUGCGGGAAUACCGCAUCAUGUCCACCCUUAAUGGGGCAGUCGAAAACAAGAAGGAUCCCAAUGCCCGUCAAGGUGCUUUCUUGGCUUACGAGCUCAUGUCUCUCAUUCUUGCACGUUUGUUCGAACCCUACGUCAUCCAGCUGGUUCCACAGUUGCUUGUUGGAUUCGGCGAUACCACUGCAGACGUUCGGGAUGCAUGUCUAGACGCAACAAAGACAUGUUUCUCCACACUCAGCUCAUACGGUGUCAAGCAGAUCCUACCGAUCCUCUUGGACGGUCUUGAUGAGCAGCAAUGGCGUAGUAAGAAGGGUGCUUGCGACUCCUUGGGUGCUAUGGCCUACCUCGACCCCAAUCAGCUCGCUUUGAGUCUGCCGGACAUUAUCCCACCUUUGACUACCGUGCUGACUGACUCUCACAAGGAAGUCAGGUCCUCAGCCAACCGCAGUCUGAAACGCUUCGGAGAGGUCAUCAGUAACCCAGAGAUCAAGCUCGUCGUUGACAUCCUCCUCAAGGCGCUCAGUGACCCAACCAAGUACACCGACGAUGCGCUCGAUUCGCUCAUCAAGAUUCAGUUCGCUCAUUUCCUCGACGCUCCAUCACUGGCUCUCGUCGUCCGCAUCCUCGAGCGUGGUCUCGGCGACCGUUCUGCCACCAAGCGCAAGUCUGCCCAGAUCAUCGGCAGUCUGGCUUAUCUCACAGACCGCAAGGACCUCAUUGCCCAUCUGCCAAUUCUGGUCGCUGGUCUGCGUGUAGCAAUCGUCGACCCUGUGCCCACUACGCGGGCUACAGCUUCGAAGGCUCUCGGUUCACUCAUGGAGAAGCUCGGAGAAGACGCUCUACCAGAUCUUAUACCAACUCUCAUGGCUACUCUCAAGUCGGACACAGGAGCUGGCGACCGUCUCGGUUCGGCACAAGCUCUGUCCGAGGUUUUGGCUGGUCUUGGUACUGGACGUCUGGAAGAGACUCUGCCCAGCAUCUUGCAAAACGUUUCAAGCAGCAAGCCGUCUGUACGAGAAGGCUUUAUGACACUCUUUAUCUAUCUGCCAGCUUGCUUCGGAAACAGCUUUGCCAACUACCUCAGCAGGAUCAUCCCUCCUAUCCUCGGUGGAUUGGCAGACGAUGUCGAGUCGAUUCGCGAGACUGCUUUGCGUGCUGGUCGCCUUUUGGUCAAGAACUUCGCUACAAAGGCCAUCGAUCUGCUUCUGCCAGAGUUGGAGAGGGGCCUCGCAGACGACAGUCAUCGCAUCCGUCUCAGUUCCGUCGAGCUUGUCGGAGAUCUGUUGUUCAACCUCACCGGUAUCAGCGGCAAGGAGGGCGAGGAUGUCGAGGAAGGCGCCAAGGAAGCCGGUCAGUCCUUGCUCGAGGUGCUUGGAGAAGAGAGGCGCAACAAGGUGCUAUCAGCACUGUACAUUUGUCGCUGCGAUACCUCCGGACUCGUCCGCACUGCUUCCGUCAACGUCUGGAAGGCCCUGGUUGCUACACCACGUACCCUUCGCGAGCUCAUCCCCACCCUCACUCAGUUCAUCAUUCGACGUCUCGCCAGCUCCAACCAGGAGCAGAAGCUCAUUGCUGGCAACGCUUUGGGAGAGCUCAUGCGCAAAUCUGGCGACGGUGUGCUGGCAUCUUUGCUGCCAACUCUCGAGGAAGGUCUGCACACCACCGAUACGGACGCAAAGCAGGGUAUCUGCAUAGCGCUUCGCGAGCUGAUUACUGCUGCUGUGCCAGAGCAGCUGGACGACUAUGAGAAGACCUUGGUACAGGUCGUAAGAACGGCACUAGUGGAUUCGGACGAAGACGUACGAGACGCUGCUGCCGAAGCAUUCGAUGCAAUGCAGCAGAUCUUCGGUAAAAAGGCUGUCGACCAUGUUCUGCCUUACUUGCUCAACCUGCUCCGCAGCGAGGACGACGCACAAAAUGCGUUGUCUGCUCUUCUCACACUUCUUACAGACCAGGCAAGAUCCAACAUCAUCUUGCCCAACCUCUUGCCUACCCUCCUUACCUCGCCGAUGUCUGCCUUCAACGCCCGCGCUAUUGCCUCGCUGGCUGAGGUUGCAAGCUCCGCCAUGACCAGGAGGUUGCCUACCAUCCUCAACACAAUGAUGGACAAUGUCAUUGCCAGCAAGGACGAGGCUCUAAAGGCAGACUUGGAAACAUCCUUUGACACGGUCCUGCUGUCUGUCGAUGAGUACGAUGGUCUCAACACUGCUAUGAGCGUUAUGCUCACCUUGUCGAAACACAACGACGAACGCAGACGUGCUCGUGCGGACAUGCAUUUGGCCAAAUUCUUCGCCGAGACUGAUGUUGAUUUCUCCAGAUACUACCCCGACCUCAUCCGGGCACUGCUCGUCUCUUUCGAUGACAGUGAUCAGGAGGUUGUCAAGGCUGCGUGGACGGCCCUCAGCACGCUGACGUCAAAGCGCCUAAAGAAGGAGGAGAUGGAGUCUCUUGUCAUCUCUACCCGUCAAACCUUGUCGCAGGUUGGUGUUGCUGGUGCAAACCUUGCUGGUUUCUCUUUGCCAAAGGGUAUCAGUGCCAUUCUGCCUAUCUUUUUGCAGGGUCUCAUGAACGGUUCGGUCGAUCAGCGCACACAAGCUGCCUUGGCCAUCUCAGACAUCAUCGACCGUACCGAUGCCAAGGCCCUUCAGCCAUUCGUCACUCAGAUCACUGGUCCUCUUAUUCGUGUGGUCACCGAGCGCUCGACAGAAGUCAAGGCAGCUAUCCUGCUCACACUCAACAACUUACUCGAGAAGAUACCAACGUUCCUCAAGCCAUUCUUACCUCAGCUGCAGCGCACAUUCGCGAAGUCUCUCGCAGAUACAUCUUCCGAUGUGUUGCGAGCGCGUGCUGCCAAGGCCCUGGGCACACUGAUCAAGCUUACCCCCAGGGUAGACCCUCUCAUUGCAGAACUUGUUACCGGAUCCAAGACCAGCGACGAGGCUGUCAAGUUGGCUAUGUUGAAGGCAUUAUUUGAGGUGGUCAGCAAGGCAGGCAAGAACAUGAGCGAUGCCAGCAGGAACGCCAUUCUGGGUCUCAUCGAUACCGAACUAGAUGACUCGGAUGAUUCCAUGGCAAUCACCAACGCCCGUCUAUUGGGCGCACUCAUUAGCUGCUUAGGAGAGGACGCCGCUGUCAGCUUGCUCAAGACACGCGUGCUUACGACACACUUCAGCAAAGCGUCUGUUCUCGCUCUUAACGCCAUCUUGCUUGACGCACCAGAAUCACUCACAGGAGAUUUCGUGGAAGAGACCAUGCACGUCAUCUGCCAGGGUAUCGCACAUAGCCGACCUGUGAUCUCAGACAAUUGCGUCCUCGCAGCCGGCAAAUAUCUCAUCAGCGACAAGAUGCACAAGACCUUCGAGCACACCAAGCCCAUCUUCGAGGCUCUCGCUCCCGUCAUCGAGCCCGGUCAUCCCGUCGACACACGUCGCUUGGCCCUCGUCGUUCUGCGUACCGUGGCGCGCGAGCACAACGACCUUGUUCGUCCACACAUUCCGCUCCUUGUACCAGUGGUUUUCGCCUCGGUCCGCGACCCCGUCAUACCGGUCAAGCUGUCCGCUGAGGCUGCAUUCCUCACCAUCUUCUCCGUCGUCGAAGAGGAGGGUGCAGUGUUCGAUAAGUACAUGGCGGACAAGGGCAAGAGCCUGCCGGCCCAGCAGCAGAGGAGCAUGAGCGAGUACUUCAAGAGGAUUGCGCUGAGAUUGGCAAACCAGGCAAGGGAGAAGAAGGAGGCUGAGGGUGGUUCUGGUGGUCUGGGAUUGAGCAGUGAUGAGGUGGAAGAUGAGAGGGAGAUAUGGAGUGUGGGCAAGGUGGAGUUGGGUGAUGUGUUCGCAGACGACUCGUAGAUUCGAGUUGUGGAUGAAGAAGUACAAAAGCUG